GAAGCUGAUAAUGACAGCAGAGAACAGGGAACUUCACAGCAAAACCCAAUGUUCAUGAAAGAAAGCUUCAAUAGGAUGCAUGCGCGAGAAGAAGAUCAUCAGCACUCCGCCGCUGAAGAGGUUGACGUUAAAGAAGAAUUUCGGCCUGCUGACUUAUCCGAUGAUUGCGUAAUUGAGGAGUUAACGGGGUUUGAUGAGGAGGAAUCCAAUGAUAAUGGCCGAAUAGAUGCUGAUAGUCCAACUUGUCCGUUCUCACAUGCUUGUGAAUCUAGUUCUGAAGCUAUGAAUGAAUUACGCUUGUUGUGUAUGGAACAGCGACAAUUUUUCCGAGAAAUGACAGAAAUGGCUCAGGAAGUGUGCUCAUUUGUUCGUUUGGCCAAAGAACAGUUGUUGGAACGGCCUUCAUCUUCCAAAUGUUCGCUUGGCACUAAAGCUAUGUCAAGCGCUUGGAAGUCCAAAAUAGCCAAAUCCCUGUUGUGA